AGUGCGUUUUUAUAUCCAAAGCUAGGCAACUCUGCAGUAGCCAGAGAGAGAUUUGACUGCCGAAAGCAGAAGAACACCAACAAUACCGGCAAUCGCGGGCAAUGCCACCAGAUGUUAAAAAAAAGUAAAGCUAAAUAAAACUGAGUGAAUUAUUUAAAUAAUUAUUAAAAAAUGUAUAUUUUACAAAAUUAUAAACAUGACAUUUUAAUUAGAACAGCUAGAAAAAUGUCAUGAAGAAAGAACUAAAACUCCGAGACAAAAAAUAAUAAAAAUAACAAAAAAAAAAAUGCUAAAUCAAGUUACGAAAAUGGUAAUCUGGCCAUACUGGAGCUAAAAUCACGUAACUAGUUGUCAAAUUCGCUGAGCGCAAAGUAACGGGACCACGAUGGGCGCCAUCUCAUUAUUCUUUGCAUCAUGUAAUCAGCUGAUACUCCAGAGCUCUCCGCCAUUAACAGAUUUCCUUCUACUUGAUCGACGCGCUUUUGCAAAAAUGUAUUAAAAUUCUCUCGCUCUCACGCUCUCCAAUAGUUAUCGAGUAUCUAAUAGUUGAUUUAUUAAAUUAUUUUUUGCUGCCGUUGAAAGUAUACUGGAGCUUAGAGAAAAGUCUUUGUGGUUAAAAAAUUGCAUUUCAAUAAAAUAAAUUUUUCUAAAUAAAUAUUUUAAAAAUAUCUUAAUCGCCAUACUUGCGAAAAAUGUACAAGACAAAGCCGAAAAAUUUGCUGGAGCUAACAAAAACCGAUGCGAAAAAGUGGCUCAACAGUUUCGAUACAAUACUCACAGAUUGCGAUGGUGUGCUUUGGCACGAGGGUGUCGCCAUAGAUGGUGUACCCGAAGCUAUUGGGUUGUUAAAAUCAUACGGAAAAGAGGUCUACUUUGUCACCAACAAUGGUAUUAAGACCCGUCACGAUAUCUGGAAGGUAGCGACCGCGAUCGGUUAUGAUAUACCCGAAACUCGAAUUAUUGCGCCGAUCCACAACAUUGUUCAGUAUCUGCAAGCGCGUGAUUUCCGCAAAAAAGUCUAUAUUAUUGGUGCUGAAGCGAUACGUUGUGAACUGACUGAAGCGGGUAUAGAAAGUUUCGGACCCGGCCCAGAUAUUUUGCAGGGCAAAUUAAACGAUUAUAUUGCACAGCAAGUGGUCGUCAGUCAACAGCGCGAUGAAGUUGGCGCCGUCAUUGUGGGUUUUGAUGAGCAUUUCACUUUUGCUAAAAUGUUAAAGGCCUGCAAUUAUUUGGGUUCGAAUGCCGACUGUCUAUUCAUGACUACAAAUACAGAUUCAGUACACCGUUAUCCCGGGUGUCGUAUACCGGGCACUGGCGCACUCUUGACUGCUUUGGAGACGAGCGUUGGGCGUGCGGCGCUGCAAUUUGGCAAACCAAAUCCGGAGAUUUGUGUGGAGUUGAUGAAGUCUGGAAAAGUGGUGCCGGGGCGAACGCUGAUGAUUGGAGACGUCUGCAAAGUUGACAUAUUAUUUGGCCACAUUUGCGGCUUCCAAACCUUACUCGUUGGCACUGGCCCUAAUAGUCAGUAUGAACUGAAUGAGCUACUGCAAAAUCCUAGUGAGAACCAACGUUACAUACCUGAUCUGUAUGUUCCUUCAUUGGGCGAUAUAACAAAAUUAAUUUGAAUAAUAUAAUACCUGCACACAUGCAUACAUACAUACAUACACACCUACGAUAUAUACUAACAGUGAUUUGUUUUAGCGAAGGAAAUGUUUUAAUUUGAUAAGAUAUGUUAAAAAUUAAAGUUUUC